AUGAACAGAAAUGGUGAAUGUAAAGGUGAUGAACAUAAACGUGAAGGUGAUGAGUAUAAAAGUCAUGAACAUGAAAGUGAUAAAUGUAAAGAUAGCAGGCAUAAAGAUGGUAAUAUGAAGAUGGUAACUGAUGAAUGUAAAGGUGGUGAAUAUGAAGGUAGUAAAUAUAAAGGUAGUAAAUAUGAAGAUAGUAGAUAUGAAGGUUGUGUACAAGAAAGUAGCGAAGUAUAA